AUGGUCCUCGCGGUGACGACGUCCGUCGACCUCGGCGACGGCGUCGUCGUCAAACUCCGAGAAGAACGCGACAACGAGAGCGUCCCUCUGCGCACGGGCUGCCGCGUGUGGUCGUGCGCGCGUCUGCUGUCGUCCUGGCUCGCGUCGCCCGCGAUCGCGUCGACCUUCGUUCGCGACCGCGACGUUUUAGAGCUCGGCGCGGGCGUGGGCGCGGUGGGACUGACGUGCGCCGCGCUCGGCGCGUCGUCCGUGACGAUGACGGACCGCGACCCGGCGACGCUGUCGCUGUCGCACGCGAACGCGCAAAUAAACGGUCAUUACUCCGGCGUUUCACCCUGCGACGUGUCCGUUAUCGCGCUCGACUGGGACGACGUGUCCUCGUAUCUCUCCGACGAGACGAAUGGUUACGGGCUGAUCGUCGCCGCGGACGCGUUGUACCUCCCCGAGCACUGCGCGUCGCUUCCGCGCGCGGUCGCGGCGCACGUCGCCCCCGGCGGCGUCGUCGUCAUCGCGUGCGGGCUGCGACGCGCGGGGCUGCUCGAGGAGCUCGUGGCGCAGCUGAGGGAGUGCGGGCUGGGGGACGACUUGGACGUGGACGGGAACGCGCUCGCGCUGCGGCGCGACGAGGGCGACGACGACGCCGCGGUCGCGACGGCGUCGGAGCACGCGCACGACGGCGAGCAGAUCGCCGCCGCGGGCGGGUACGUGCUGAUAACGGCGCGCGUGGGCGAGGAUUGGACGCCGCCAAGCGCGUUGUCGAGAGAGGCGGUGCGAGAGGCGAAGAGAGCGAAGGAGGAGGAGGAGGAGGAGGAGAGUUUGGACGGCGGCGGCGGCGCGGUGAAAAAGGUUCGCUCCGCCGCGCCGACCGCCGCCGCGCCCGCCGCCGCGAGCGACGACGAUGACGACGACGACGAUGCCGAUAUCCUGAGCGAGGUGAACUCUGACGCGAACAGCGCGAUGGGCGACUUCCUGGACGAGUUCGCGGAGCUAGACGCGAACGAUGACGACGACGACGACGACGACGCGAGACGACGCCGAUUCGCCGCGAACGCGGCUUCGUCGGACGACGACGACGACCACCACGACGCGCCAGAGUGGCCGCCCUACCGCGUCGUCGUCGCCGCGUCCGAGACGGCGACGUCCUCCCUCGACCCGGCGACGAUCGCCGCGUGCGUCGCGUCGUUGACGAUCAACGGCUUCGUCGUCGUGGAGGGGAACAGCGACGGCGGCGGCGGGAUCGUUCCAGACGAACUCGCCGCGCGAGCGAAGGACGCGUCGGCGACGUACCUCCACGAGCUGCUCGCCAACGGCGUGCGCGACAGACGAGGUCUCGACCCGUGCGCGGACAUCUUCCGCUACGCGGAGGUGUGCAGCCGAGCGCGCGGCGGGCGGCGGUACGACGUCACCGCGGAGCGUCGGCGAGCGGGCGCGGCGGGCGAGGGACGAGGCCCCGCCUCGACGGCGGCCGCGNCCACGCCCGCCGCCGCCGCGUGGGACGCCCUCCGCGUCGCGACCGAUCCGUUCGUGACGCCGAUCCUCGCCGCGUCCGGGUUGAUGUCCCCGGACCCGGACGGGGGCGACGGCGCGGGGAGGUCGGUCGUCACCGCGGUCGGGUGCGUGACGUCGAGGCCCGGCGCGCCGGCGCAGCGCUUUCACGCGGACGGCGUGAAGCGCGGGAUCGUCAACGUCUUCGUUCCCCUCGUUCACGUCACGAAAUUGAACGGGCCGACCGCGUUCAAGCGCGGGUCGCACGCUUGGGACCACGACGCCGCGUACUUGGACGCGAGGCAGAGGAAGCUGAGGGAGGACGCGGAGGAGAUCGCGCCGGAGCUCGCGCGCGGGUCGCUUCUGAUGUACGACUACGCCGUCGUGCACGCCGGCGGCGGGAACGGCGGGGACGCCGACCGGCCGCUCGCGUACGUCAUGCACUCGCGCGCGGGGGUGGAGGACACGUGGAACUUCCCGGACGAGUCCGUGUGGGACUGA